AUGUUGACGAUAGACUCGCUCCUCAACCCAGCAGGCGGCCAUCGAUACCACGAACAAUACGGCAACACCGCUCCGCCAACGCCAGCGUACAGCUCGUGCACCUACUCCCAAGGAGGUACUCCUCGACCGGAGACACCGCUUACCCCAUCGCCAAAACGCCAGAAGCUCGUCAAAGAUGCCGCCAUGUUCAUUCGAAACCGACCCCAGGGAGAAAUCAACUACCCAGCUUCGGAAUGCAGCGAAGAAUUCGAGUGCCUCGCUCCUCACCAGCGUCAGGAACUUGCCCAGCAGCACCUCAACUUCCAUCUUUAUCCAAGUGGUCGAGGCGAAGAUGGUCGGAUCGAGGACUACGCUCGACGCAUACCAUAUUCGAGUGAGAAGAAGGAGUUCUUGACAAAGACUGGCCGAGAUGCAUUCGAAGUCUUCCAUUAUACCUUCAUCGUUCCCAACGACCCAAAUCGCAAGGAGCAUGUCGUCAUGUGGGACUACCGGAUCGGUCUUGUCAGAAUCACUCCCUUCUUCAAGGCCUUACAACAUACCAAGACCACACCCGCAAAGGCGCUGUCUACCAACGCUGGCUUGAAAGAACUCGCGCACUCGAUCACAGGAGGCGCAUUGGUAGCUCAGGGGUACUGGAUACCAUAUGCUUGUGCUCGAGCGGUCUGCCUCACCUUCUGCUACAACAUUCGCUGGGCACUGACGCCAGUGUUCGGUCCUACGUUCAUCAACGAGUGUCUCAGACCAGGAGAGCCAGGCUUCGGAAGCUUCAAGAUCGAUCCUGAGGUCGUUCGUUGCGCUGCCCGUGAGGCCGAAGGCUGGCGCCCAGACAAUUACGGACAGAGGAUCAUGCCGGUACCUGUAACAAGCCAUCACUAUGGACAGCCUGCUCCACGAAGUCAACCAGAAGAAUUCCGCCAGCCAAUGCCGGCGCCGCAGCCACGAGGCGGCCACAUACGCUUCCACACAGAUUCUCCCUUUGGUCCCAACGCGCACAGGUCCACUGGGCCUUCCUAUACCUAUGCCGGCCCAGGCGAUGAGUCUCCGGCACUGUCGCCAAAGUCCACGAGCUACGAAUACCAAGACAGUCCAGGGUGGACCAGCAUCAACAAGAGGCAUAACGAAGUCUAUCAGCAACCAUAUGCCGGGCCUGGGGAGCCGCUCUCAGACUCGCUGCUAAUGGAGCCACGCUAUGCCCCGCCAGCGCCAUGGCGUGCCGCAGAACCUCUAGGCAGCAUGCCGGAGCAAAGACCUGUGGAGCCUGCUCACACGCAAGCCAAGCAAGCCUUGAAGCGUCGACACAGCGAUGUAGACGACUCAUCAGACGACCUUCCAGAUGAAGAACCCGAAGCGGUCCUCAGCACAUCCAGCGAAAGUGACGAUGCGGAUCUCCCGCUGUCUCCGCCACCGACACGUCGAGGAAGGAGUUCUCGUGUUACCCGUAGCAGCAAGAAGUCGAAGCCAGCCACUGGGCCAUCGGGUAAGAAAUUCACGGAAGCUGACGAGCAAGCCGCACGCUGGCUGCUCAACCUGAGUACCCGGGAUUCUCAGUUGGCGCGGGAGCCAAAUCAAUUCAGCAUGCGCAACUUCGAGAUGAGCGGUCGAUAG